AUGCAUUAUAAAUACGGGGGAUUUGUAGCUAUAUCCGAUGCCGAGCUGGAGCUGCUUCGAAAGAAGCUCAAGCUUACCCGACUGCCCACUGGUAUUGCGGACAGCCAAUGGGGCGAAUCGAAUGGCGUCACAUUCCGGCUUAUCCAAGAAACGGUCAAGUUCUGGAUGGAUGAGUAUGACUGGCGACAGGAAGAAGCCAAAAUUAACCAGAUGCCACAAUUCAAGACGGCCAUCGAGAUGGAUGACUUUGGCUCCUUUGACAUCCACUUCGUCCAUUUUAAUUCGAACAUGCCCGACACCAUUCCUCUGCUGUUCCUGCACGGCUGGUCUGGAUCCUUCAUUGAGGUUCAGAAAGUCUUGAAGACGUGGAAUGAGGCCGGAUUCGAUGUUGUUGCGCCCUCGUUGCCAGGCUAUGGAUUCUUCUCGUAUACCGAAAGAGAAGGGCUGAAGCUCUUCCACCAUGCAGACAUCAUGAACAAACUCAUGCUCAGAAUCGGUUAUAACGAGUAUGUCGUCCAAGGCGGCGACUGGGGCUCUAUGGUAGGGAGGUCGAUCGCGUUGCGACACCCGGACAACGCCAAGCUGCUGCACCUGAACAUGCUCGACCUGGAACCCAAAUACACACCCUUUGAGCUGCGUGCCCUCGAGUUCGUAAACUCACUUCUCCAAACCGAGUUCGCGUACUUUCAAGUCCACCAAAGCAAGCCCCGCACCCUAGGCUACGCCAUGCAUGACUCCCCUGCUGGGAUGCUGGCCUGGAUGGCGGACAAGCUCUUCCUCAUCACCUGGACGCUCCUGCAUUACUUUCCAGGGCCAACCACCGGUUUCCAGAUGUACCGCGAGAACUUUACACCCGUGUCGGACUUCAUGAGAGAUGCUUUGGGAGGCAGUUUUCUAAAGUCUCCUGUGGGCAUGAGUGCGUUCCCUAAGGAAAUUCGCAUGGUGCCUAGGGCGUGGGCCGAGACGGCGAACAAUAUAAAAUUUUGGAGAGAGCAUGAAAAGGGAGGUCAUUUUGCGGCUUAUGAGAAGCCCGACGAAUUGGCAGGGGAUGUGAUUGAAUUUUUCAAGGUGAAUUGGAACGCUUAGGUGUGGCAUAUGUUAUAAUUAUGAUACGUGUGCGUUUUCAACGAGGUGAAGAUUGAUG